UCCCCUUUCUUACCAAACAAUACGUUACAAAAGUGAAUGCAAAUCAUAACAAUCGAUCCAAUUCCAUUUCCAUGCUAUGGUUGGUGUAGCAGCAAAAUAAAUCACUCUUCCUUCCCCUCUCUCUCUCUGUUUAAUUACAAUCCCAUUUCAAAUUUCAAAACCAAAACUCUCUCUCUCUCUCUCUCUCUCUCUAUAUAUAUAUAUAUAAGAACUCCAUAGCUUGGAAACUUCACUCUCUGAAGCUCCAUUCUCCUUCCGUCUAAGCCACAACCAUGUCCCUUCUCAGCCGAUUCUUCUACAAGCGCCCCCCUGACGGCUUACUCGAAUUCUCCGACAGAGUAUACGUCUUCGAUUCCUGCUUCUCGACGGAGGCACUCCCGGACGGAAUGUACAGCCUCUACCUCCGCCAAAUCCUCUCUGACCUCCACGAGGACUUCCCGGAAUCCUCCUUCGUGGCCCUCAACUUUCGCGACGGCGACCACCGCAGCCGUUUCUCCCGCGUCCUCUGCGACCUGGACGCCACAUUCGUCGUCGACUACCCAAAGCAGUACGAGGGCUGCCCCCUCCUCCCCCUCUCCCUCCUCCACCACUUCCUCCGCCUUUGCGACUCCUGCCUCGCCGACCCCGGCGCCCUGAUCCUCCUCCACUGCGAGCGCGGCGGCUGGCCCCUCCUCGCCUUCCUCCUCGCCGCCUUCCUCGUCUUCCGCAAGGCCGCGCAGACCGGGGAGCGCCGGAUUCUCGAGAUGGUUCAUAAGGAGGCGCCGAAAGGGUUGCUGCAGCUGUUGUCGGCGCUGAACCCGCUGCCGUCGCAGCUGCGGUAUGUGAAGUAUGUGGCCAGGAGGAACAUUGGGGCGGAGUGGCCCCCACCGGAGAGGGCACUGUCUUUGGAUUGUGUUAUUCUCAGAGGGGUUCCUGGGUUUGAUGGGGGCAAUGGGUGCAGGCCACUGUUUAGGAUUUUUGGCCGGAAUUUGCUUAGUAAAGGGGGGCUUUCAACACAGAUGAUUUAUAAUAUGCAUAAGAAGAAGAAGACUUUGAGGCACUAUAGACAGGCAGACUGUGAUGUGAUUAAGAUUGAUAUUCAAUGCCUAGUGAAAGGGGAUGUGGUGUUGGAGUGUGUCCAUUUGGAUUUGGAUCCGGAGAGGGAAGUGAUGAUGUUUCGGGUGAUGUUCAACACGGCGUUUAUUCGGUCCAACAUUUUGAUGCUGAAUUCUGAGAACUUGGACAUUCUUUGGGAUUCGAAGGAGCGGUAUCCGAAGGGCUUCCGGGCUGAGGUUUUGUUUGGGGAGGUUGAAAGCAUAAGUCCUCCAAGGGCUCAAACAAGUAUUUUAGAUGGUGAGGUGAAAGGUGGAUUGCCUAUUGAGGCAUUUUCGAGGGUUCAAGAACUUUUUAGUGGUGUAGAAUGGGUUGAAAGUGGGGAUGCUGCUGCUGCCUGGCUGCUCAAACAGCUUACAGUCUUAAAUGAUGCCAAAGAGCUUUCAAGGUUUCAAGGUAGAGGAAGUUGGUAUUCAUCACCUGCUGACUCUGACUCUGAAAAUAAUGAAUCAAGCACAGCUGAUAGUUCAGAUGAGGCCUUUGAUGUUAUUCCCAAGUCUUAUGCUGAUCCUUCAAAAUUAUUGAUAUCUGACAACCCUGAUUUGGUCCAUUUAGCUUUUGAGAACAAUGGUGGAGAUUAUGUAAAUCUCACUUCAAGAACACCUGAUCAGUCAUUGACUGAUAAUGUUUCAUUACCUCAUCAUGCUCCCAGAAAGGAAUAUUCUCCUUGUUCCUCUCCACCAUCACCUUCACCAGUUCCCGCUACUCAACCUUUUCCAACACCGGCACCACCACUUCCCACAUCAAUGCCUAUACAGCCAGAUUUAGCUCCUCCCUUGCCUCCGCAUCAGAUAGAUCAGAAUGUGAACAGUGCUUCUACAUUGCCUUCACCUCCUCCUCCUAUAGUUUCCAAUGCUCCUAGUCAACCUCCACCGCCUCCUCCUCCUCCUCCACUUCCUCCACGAUCUGUACAAACUGGUUCAGCUCCACCUCCUCCAGGACCUGUACGGACAGGCUCGGUACCACCGCCUCCACCUCCUCCAGGAUCUGUACAAACUGGUUCAGCUCCACCACCUCCACCUCCUCCAGGUCCAGUACGAACAGGCUCGGUACCACCGCCUCCACCUCCUCCAGGAUCUGUAAAAACUGGUUCAGCUCCACCACCUCCACCUCCUCCAAGUCCAGUACGAACAGGUUCAGCCCCACCGCCACCUCCACCUCCUCCAUGUCCUGUACGAGCAGGUUCAGCCCCACCUCCUCCUCCUCCUCCUCCUCCUCCAGGUCCUGUACGAACAGGUUCAGCCCUACCUCCUCCUCCUCCUCCUCCUCCAGGUCCUGUACGAACAGGUUCAGCCCCACCUCCUCCUCCUCCUCCUCCUCUAGGUCCUGUACGAACAGGUCCAGCCCCACCUCCUCCUCCUCCUCCUCCUCCAGGUCCUGUACGAACAGGUUCAGCUCCACCACCUCCUCCCCCUCCAAGUGUACGAACAGGUUCAGCUCCACCACCACCACCACCGGCACCAAAACCUCCAGGUGUUCUUCCUCCUCCACCUGGCCGUGGUGCAUCACCGAUGCCACCUCCACCACCUGCAGCUAGGGCCCCUGGUGUGGCACCACCACCAGGCAAAGCUUCAACAGCAAAUGUUGGAAGAGGUCGUGGUACUGGUGGUACUGUUAAUGCUCCUAAGAAAACUUUGCUAAAACCCCUACACUGGGUGAAAGUUGCUCGAGCAGCCAAGGGAAGUCUAUGGGCUGAUUCACAGAAACAGGAUAGUGGAACAAGGGCUCCUGAGAUAGAUAUUUCAGAACUUGAGAGCCUGUUUUCAGCAGCAUCUACUUCUGAUGGGAGCAGCACUAAAGGUGGAGGUCGGCGUGGUCCUAAUAUUAACAAACCUGAGAAAGUACAAUUGGUUGAUUUGCGUAGAGCAUAUAAUUGUGAAAUAAUGCUCUCUAAAAUCAAAAUUCCUUUGCCAGAUAUGCUUAAAGCAGUCCUGGCAUUGGAUUCUGCAAUUCUGGAUAUUGAUCAGGUUGAGAAUCUCAUCAAGUUCUGUCCUACAAAGGAAGAGAUGGAGAUGUUAAAGAAUUAUACAGGAAACAAGGAAAUGCUUGGAAAGUGUGAACAGUUUUUUAUGGAGCUGAUGAAGGUUCCACGUGUGGAAUCCAAAUUAAGGGUUUUUGCUUUUAAAAUCACCUUUUCUUCUCAGGUGAAUGAUUUGAAGUUAAAUUUGAACACAAUCAACAAUGCAGCCAGAGAGGUGAAAGAAUCUGGAAAAUUGCGUCAAAUAAUGCAGACCAUUCUUACUCUGGGCAAUGCCUUGAAUCAAGGAACAACACGAGGAUCAGCUGUUGGAUUCAAAUUGGAUAGCCUUCUUAAAUUAUCUGAUACCCGUGCAAGAAAUAACAAAAUGACUUUAAUGCAUUAUUUGUGUAAGCUUCUUGCUGAGAAAAUGCCAGAAUUGCUAGAUUUUGAUAAGGAUCUUGUCCAUUUGGAAGCAGCUUCUAGGAUUCAACUAAAAGCAUUGGCUGAAGAAAUGCAAGCUGUGAGUAAAGGUUUAGAGAAAGUUGAGCAAGAACUCGCUGCUUCUGAAAAUGAUGGUGCUAUAUCUACAGGAUUUCGUAAGGUGUUGAAGAAUUUUCUUGAUAUUGCUGAAGCUGAUGUGAGGUCUCUUAUAUCAUUGUAUUCUGAAGUGGGAAGAAGUGCAGACUCUUUGUCCCAGUACUUUGGAGAGGAUCCAGCUAGAUGCCCUUUUGAACAAGUGACACAAAUCCUUGUUGUCUUUGUCAAGAUGUUCAACAAGUCAAGGGAGGAAAAUGAAAGGCAGGCGGAUGCUGAAAAAAAGAAAUUAGAGAAAGAAGCCUUGAAGGAAAGGACAGCAAAUAACUUGCAUUCCAAAAAAGAUGGUGUUCGAUAGGAUGCCUAUACAAGCAAGCCGCAUGGUUACUUUUAGUUCAAACAAACUGCGCUAUACAUUUUGGACUAUCUCAAAUGCAUAUUUGCAUGCACCUUUGGGAUUUAUUCCUUCUGAAGAUGAUGCUGGCCGUUGGACGCAAGUGGUUUAGUCAGUUCCUUAUAGUUGGAUCAACGUGCCUCUCCCAUUGUGCUGCACUGCUGCUAAAGGAGAAAUACACCGCGACACGCUGGUGGUCUUUUGUAAUUAUACCACAAGGCAACUAAUAUAGAAACUUCACGCUUUUUUCCUCUUUAAAAUAUAGAGGCCAUCAUAUAUUAUUUUAAGUUCAAAUUUUCUUGUGCUUUAGAACAUUGCACUUCUCAAAGCUGCAGAUAAUUCUUUGUAAUUCAAAAACACUUUGGAUAUAUGAUAACGAGUUCUUCCUGUGUAUGAUAUAAAACCAUAAUUUGCAAUCAUUAUUAUAGCUGUGUAAAGGUGUCAAACAGCUGUGUGUUUACAGAA